UGCUGUUUGCAUGUUUUAGGUUAUCUAUCUGUGUAGUUUAUUUUUGUUGUCUCUUUUGCGAUUGAUUAUACAGAUUUGUCAUCCGUGCGAGCUGUAAUCUUUCGUUUAUUACAUAAUUGUUAGUGUAAACUUGGACAUUUUCGCAUCAUGGAAGAUGAUGUGUUUGAAAUUCCUUUAUCUUCAUUAUCUUGCGAAAGACUGGAUGAUGAUCAACACAUUCUAAUAGCAAAUUCUUUAUCCGAUGAAACCUCUGACUUCAUUCGCCCUCAGGAUGAUUUAGUGUCUUCGGAUGAUAUCCUCAGGAAUGGUGUUCUAAUCCAGACCAGCAAAGGAAUAGAGUGGAUUUCAUUAACAGAAGCAUUGACAAGUGAAGUUGGAGAUUUGAACUUAUCUGUUGAAGAUUUUCAUAGUGUAACUUCGCAAUUUUUCGAUUCUCAAGACUUAACUGAUCACUCCGAUGAUCAGUUUGAUUUUCAUCAUCUUGCAUCGCCAUUGUUGGAAAGUAUCGAGGAAACUUGUGAAAGUUCAACAGGACUAGAAGACGAUGAUCUCACACCAGCAUGUGCUCCAAAGCUUACCCUUUCACCUACUUCACAUUCCCGUCCAAGUACAGCUGACCGAUCUGCCUCGACUGCUACCAACUCCGAAAGUAACAACAGCGACUCCUCUACCUUUUCUGUUGCUCCCAAUCAGGUGAAAAGGAAAGGUGGUUGGCCAAAAGGUAGAAAACGGAAACCUGAACUCUCAGAAAAUCGGCCGCCAAAGGCUCCAUCCACUGGCUAUGUCCUGUAUUUGAAUGAGAAAAGAAAAUUGUUGAAAAACCGACCAUUUCCAGAGGUUACCAAAAUUCUUGGAAACGAAUGGAGUAGAAUGAGUCUUGCAAAGAAGAAAGUAUAUCUAGACAGAGCUGAAAGAGACAAAAUUCGUUACAAAGAAGAGCUCAGGAAAUACCAUAAGUCAGACGCGUACCUCUCAUACUUAAGGAGGAAAAGAAUAAAAAGUUUGCAGGCAAAUGGCACGGAGGAGUCUGACAUUGAUGCUACUGACUUUGAUGAGGAGGAUAAUGAAGAACUCUAUUGCCGAGCAUGCAAUCAAUGGUUCACGUCAUUUCAUAACAAGAAAGAGCAUAUGUACGGAAGGCAACAUUUUCAGAACGUCAAGUUAAUGGGGAGUGGAAGUGGGUCUGCACAAGAGGGCAGCAGCUCCGUUCAGUCUCUUGAUGAAUCAAGUUUAGACGCAGCGCCAUUACCACCUCCACGAUUUAGCUAUCUUCGUACCAACGACACGCUGUCUACCUCCUCGGAAGCAAAUAUGGAAGAUGCAAUCGCAUUAGUUAUGCACCUCAAUUCAGAUAGAGAAAAAGAAGUAAAACAACUCCAAAACCAUGUAGCUGAACAAGAACAGAGGCACAAGCAAGUGUUAAGUCAAGUAGUGAAAUUGAAGGAAGAAGAAGCCCGCCUGUUAGCGCUGCUUCAAAAGCAGCAAGCAGAAGCAAAGCAGUACAAAGCAAAAAUGAGCUCCUAUGCAAGUGAUAUUCGGAAGUUGUAUCGCUUAACGAAAACCAAAGGAAAAGGUUCGUAGGAACUUGUUUACGCGUCACAGUGAUUAAUUAUGUAUUUUUACAGUGCAAUCGGAGCACUUGUUUCUUUCUUGAUUUCCCUUAGUAAUACCGUUCAUUUAUAAUUUUAUCCAUUUUGCAUUUGUGGUCGUCGAAGACCGAAGCUGAACUACUCUCAGAGUAUCAAACAUUUAUUUUAAAAUUCGGUGCUUUUUUUCUGUAUUUAUGUUUUUAAAUUAUUUUAUUUUAUGUAAGGCAUUUGAAGUGUCAAGAAACCAAACAAACUCAAAAAGGCGGCAAAAUUAGAGAUUUUAAAGUUAGGAAUUUAAUUUAACUUCGGAAUUAUUGUUACUUAGCUAAACAAAUUUUGUUUGUAAAUCGCAUCAAGUACUGUAUUGCAUAUUCUCAGUGUGAAGUUGUGAGCUUUUAUAGCCAGCAUGUUUUUGAGAUGGCUUUGUCAUAAUUGCUCAUCUUGCUGAAAAAUAGCCCAUUCCAAAAGUAAAAACUAAAUGUGAAGUCCUCAAAAUAUUGAGAAAGUUUGUAGGCCAAUUAUAGUCAUAAGAACAAUGAGGGAGAAAUAGAAAACUAAUGACAUCACAGAAUCCAAAAUGUAAAAUUCAGAACUCCUGGAAGUACCUGAUGAAAUUUGCAUGUUGAGAAAUGCCAAAAGUAAAAUAUGUCCCUAGUAUGAUUAAAUAACUCAAAUCUGCUGUUUGUCAUUAAGGAAUUCUCAAAAUAUGUAUCGCAGUUUCUCUAAUGUACCAGACAAUCAAAGAUGAUUAGAUAAGACUGCAAUUCCGGUGCAAUUUCCUCCCCUAACCAUUGAAAAAAUAUUAUCAAAAUUCACUUCAGCUCUAAAUAGUUACCUCAAGUAGACCAAAAAUAGCCAAUCAUGUUUUUCAGGAGAAUAUUGAAAUCAUUAAACUCAAAUUUUAUUGGCAGUAAAGUUACAUUUCUGCAUGAGCCUUAUGAUUAAAAAAUCAGAAAUCAAGCGUUCACGUAAGUGAAUACAAUCUAUUCUUGUAAUAGGUUAAAAAUUAGUUAAAAACUGGAAUGGUUUAGUGACUUACUUGUUUGGAAUAACUGAAGGGUUCUGUCAAGUGUUGAACGAAAGUUUCUUAAAAAUAAUCAUAUCUCUUUAUACUAAGGCAAGGUUUCCUCUUUUUACUUGACUCAUAUUUUUAAAUGCUCUCUCUUUCUUUUACAUUUUUCUUUUUUCUCACUCUUUUCCACUGCAGCUUACUUCCUCCGAUGAUUUCCGAAAACCUUGUAUUUUUGUCAGCCAAGUCUGGCUAAUUUUUCACCAAUAAGUAACACCUACCUCCAGGAAUAAAAGAUGCUCUUAAAAUUUCUUGUUACCGAGUAAACACGGCUCUGCAAGGACCUGAUUUCAUUAUUAUUCUUGUUUCUUUCGCCGAAGUGAAAUGAUUCUAAUAAGCCGUACGUCCUCCUUCAGCCUGUUUUUUAAAUUUUGCUUUUGUAACUCCUUUGUUUACUCUCUUUUCUGACUGCAAAAUUUUAAUGGUUUGAUAACAAUACGAUCAAUUUGUGAAAUUAUCUAGCGUCGGUUUUGAGUGGUGUCAAUUUCCUAAUCUGUUAACUGUGACUUAUGCUGAGAAUUUUCGUGAGAAAUUUGAUCAUGCAGUUUAUGAUGCAAGAUUUGUACCUAUGGUGAUACUCUGAUCCUCAGCGUAGAAGAAAUUAUUUUUAGUCUCGUCUUAGGAUUAAAAUUGAGAUGGUAGAGCAGUACAUUACUUUAUUUAGCAUAUUUUUCUUUCCUUGUGAUACUGAUCUUAUACUUGAAUGAUUUUUAUAAUUGUUUUGCAUCAUUAAAUUGUGUUUUCAUAAUUUGAAUACCA